AUGUGCAGCCUGAGCUCGAAGAAGUCCAACAACGUGCUCACAGUGACGCGGUGCUGGUCCCAUGAGAUCCAGCGAGUCUUCGGGGAUCGCUUGACGGACACGAAUGACUUGCAGUGGAUGAAGACGCAGAUCCAUACGGCCGUGGAGCAGGACCUACAGCAGGACCUUGGCCAAAUCUUCAACAAGGAGCGUCUGAUCUUUGCCUCCUUCUUGACGCAGGAGGUAGACAAUCGCACCUACGACGAAGUGACUGACAUGCAGGCCAUGAAGACAGCCAUCGAAGAGUACCUGGACGACUACAACCAGGUCUUUUCGAUCAUCAUGCCUUUGGUCAUGUUCCUGGAUGCUUGCGAACAUUGCGCCCGGAUCUGCCGGGUGCUGAGCCAACCCAACGGCAACGUCCUGCUGCUGGGCGUGGGCGGCAGCGGCCGGCAGAGCCUCACGCGCCUGUCCGCCUACAUGAACGAAGCGGACUGCUUCCAGAUCGAGGUCGCCAAAGGCUAUGGAAUGACCGAGUUCAAAGAUGACGUGAAGAAGUGCCUCAUGAAGUGUGGAGUGGAGGACAAGGUGCAGAUUUUCCUCUUCUGCGACACCCAGAUCGUCAAGGAGGACUUUGUCGAGGCCAUCAACAACGUGCUGAACAGUGGAGACGUGCCCAACCUCUAUGCCAACGAGGACUUUGAGGCGAUCUCCAGCAGCUGCCGCCAGCUCUGCCAGUCCAUGGGCAUGCAGCCCACCAAGGCGAAUCUCUUCAGCGCCUACCUGAGCCGCGUCAAGAAGAAUGUCCAUGUCACUUUGGCCUUCUCCCCCGUGGGCGACAGCUUCCGGAACCGCCUGCGAAGCUUCCCCUCCCUGGUGAACUGCUGCACCAUCGAUUGGUUCCACGAGUGGCCGGCGGAGGCCCUGUACUCCGUGGCCAAGCAGCAGAUCACCGGCCAAUCCGUGGAGCUCCCGAACUUGGAAGGCUCCUUGAAAAUGUUCCAGACGAUCCACCAGAGCGUGGAGUCCUCGUCUAAGAGGUUCCUGCAGACAACCAACCGCAACGUCUAUGUGACACCUACGAGCUUCCUAGAGCUGCUGGCCAGCUUCGUAGGGAUCUUGGCGGACAAGCGCAAGCAGGUUGGGACGCUGCAGCACCGCUACAGCGUGGGCCUGGGCAAGAUUGGGGACGCGGAGGAGCAGGUCACGGGGCUGCAGCAGAUGCUGGUGGAGAAGAAGCCGGUCCUGGAAAAGACGCAGAAAGAGGUGGGGGACAUGAUGGUGGUGAUCACUCAAGACAAGGCUGAGGCUGAAGAGGUCAGCAAGGCUGUUGCAGCGGAGGAGGCCUCGGCCGCACAGAAGGCCGAAGAGACGCAAGCGAUCAAGGACGAUGCACAGCGAGACCUAGAUGAAGCACUCCCUGCAUUGGACCAAGCAGUGGAAUGCCUCAAGAAGCUCAAGAAGGAGCACAUCCAGGAGGUGAAGGCGUUGCCCAACCCCCCGGCAGGGGUCCGCUUAGCCUGCGAGGGCGUUUGCAUCAUGUUCCAGUUGAAGCCUGUGAAGAAGCCCGAUCCGGCAAAUCCGCAGAAGAAGAUCGAGGACUACUGGGAGACAUCGCAGAAGCAGGUGCUGGUCGACGCGAAGAAGCUCUUAGAAGAUCUCAUGGACUUCGAUAAGGACAACAUCCCCGACAAGGUGAUUCAGACCAUCUCGCCCUACAUCGAGCGAGAGGAUUUCGACCCAGUGGCUAUCAAGAAGGCCUCAGUGGCUUGCGAGGCGCUUUGCCUUUGGGUCAGGGCCAUGUACAAGUACCACUUCGUCGCAAGGGCAGUGGAGCCCAAGCGCCAGUUGCUGAAGCAGGCGGAGGGCGAGCUGGCCGAGUGCCAGGAGAAGCUGGAGGCUGCGCAAGCCAAGCUGGCCGCAGUUCAGAGCAAGAUCGAAGCGCUGGAGACAAGCUUCAACCAAGCCGUGCAGAAGCAGAAGGAGCUCCAAGACGACAUGAACCUCUGCGAGGUGAAGUUGCAGCGGGCGCACAAGCUCAUCAACGGCCUGGGCGGCGAGAAAGCGCGAUGGGGACAGAAUGUGAAGGACCUGACAGCGCAGCUGGGGCUGCUGCCCGGAGACUGCAUCGUGGCUGCGGGGAUGGUCUCCUACGCUGGGCCCUUCACCUCGCAAGUGCGCGGGGAAUGUGAAGAUCUUUGGCGCCAGGAGCUGGCGCUUCUGGACAUGGGGCACACCGCAGGCUGCAGCAUGUCCAACGUGCUGGGGGAUCCUGUGAAGAUCCAGCAGUGGGUGGUUUGCGCGCUGCCGAAUGACCAGCUCUCCAUUGAGAAUGGCAUCAUCAUCGACAGAUCCAGGCGCUGGCCCCUGAUGAUCGAUCCGCAGCGGCAAGCGAACAAGUACAUCAAGAACAUGGGCAAGGACACCGAAACCGGCAUCGACGUGUGCAAGCUGAGUGAGAAGAACUUCCUGCGGACGCUGGAGCUGGGCAUCCAGUUCGGCAAGUGGAUCCUGCUGGAGAACAUCGGAAUCAACUUGGACCCUGCUCUGGAGCCUGUCUUGGGGCAGCAGAAGGUCAAGGAUGGCUCCGGGUAUAUCAUCAAGCUUGGCGACAAGUCCGUGACCUACACGGAGACCUUCAAGUUCUUCAUGACGACCACACUGCCGAACCCCCACUACUCGCCAGAGACGUCCGUGAAGGUGACUUUGCUGAACUUCGCCAUCACUCCAAGCGGGCUUGAGGACCAGAUGUUGGGCAUCGUGGUGGCGAAAGAGCGCCCAGACCUGGAAGAGGAGAAGAACAACCUGGUGGUGCAGAACGCCAAGAACAACAAGAUCUUGAAAGACAUCGAGGACGACAUCUUGCGGCUCUUGGCCACCAGCGAGGGCGACGUCUUGGAGGACGACACCUUGGUGGACAAGGUGACAGACUCCAAGGCGGUGUCUGACGACAUCAACGAGAAAAAGAAGGUGGCCGAGGUCACGGAGAAGAAUAUCGACGUGGCGCGGGAGAGCUACAGGCCCGUGGCGUUCCGCACCUCAGUGCUCUUCUUCUGCAUCGUGGAGCUCACAAACAUCGACCCCAUGUAUCAGUACAGCCUGCAAUGGUUCCAGAAGCUCUUCACCAUCGCUGUCGACACCUCCCCCAAGGCGGACAACUUGGACGAGCGCCUGGGCAUUUUGAAAAGCUUCUUCACCGAGCAGCUGUACCAGUCCAUCUGCCGCGGCCUCUUCGAGAAGGACAAGACCCUCUUCUCCUUCGCACUGUGCACCAGCAUCCUACGAGGUGACAAGCUGCUGGAUGACCAGGAGUUGCGAUAUUUGCUGGUUGGGCCCACCAGCGACAUGGUGGAGAAAGGCCCCGCGGUGCCGGAGGAGUGGGUGGGCAAGCCCCGCUGGAACGAGAUCCUCACCUUGGCCACGCUGCCCGCCUUCACGGGUUUCUCGGACUUCUUCGCGUCGCAUGUGGGGGAGUUCAAACGCAUCUACGACUCCGUGGAGGCUGACAAGGAGCCUUUGCCUGGCAACUGGGAAGAGAAGCUGACGCCGAUGCAAAAGAUUUGUUUCGUGCGGGCGAUGCGCAUCGACUGCCUGAAGGCGGCGUUGAUCACCUUCAUCUCGAACCAGAUCGGCGGGCGCUUCGUGGAGCCCCCCACCUUCGACAUCUCCAAGUCCUUCGCGGACUCCGUGAACACGACGCCGCUGAUCUUCAUCCUGUCCCCGGGCACGGACCCGGUGUCGGACGUCAUCGCCUUCGCCGACAAGCUGAACAUGGCGAAGCGCUUCGAGUCUAUCUCGUUGGGCCAGGGACAGGGACCAAAGGCCAUGAAGCUGAUCGAGCAGGCCCAAGGCUCGGGUGGCUGGGUGCUCCUCUCCAACUGCCACUUGAUGGAGAGCUGGAUGCCCACGCUGGAGGCCAUCGUGGAGCAGUUCAACGGGGAGAACAUGCAGACCAGCUUCCGGCUGUGGCUCACCUCCAUGCCAGCAAAGUCCUUCCCUGUGCAGGUGUUGCAGAACGGGGUGAAGAUGACCAACGAGCCCCCGAGCGGCCUGCGCGCCAACCUGCUGCGCUCCUACUCCGCGCUCACGGACGAGGUCUUCAAGGAGUCCAACAAGCCGGAGGUCUUCAAAACUUUGCUCUUCGGCUUCUGCUUCUUCCACGCGGUGGUGCAGGACCGGCGGAAGUUUGGACCCAUUGGCUGGAACAUUGCCUAUGGCUUCACUCCUGAGGACCUCCUGGUCUGCAGGCAGCAGCUCAUGCUCUUCGUGAACCAAUACGAACAGGUCCCCUACAAGGUUCUGAACUUCCUGGGCGCGAAGAUCAACUACGGCGGCCGCGUCACGGACGACAAGGACAAGCUGUUGAUCUCAACGAUCCUGCAGACCUACAUCUGCCCUGAGAGUCAAGGCCGGGAGGAGUUCAAGUACUCCACCAGCGGCUUGUACUACGCCCCCACCGCCGAGACCAUCGAAGACUUCGUGACCUACAUCAAAGGCCUGCCUCUGUACCCGAUGCCGGAGGCCUUCGGGCUCCAUGAGAACUGCAACAUCACCUGUGCUCAGGACGAGGCCCUCAAGCUGCUCACGGGGAUGCAGAGCAUGGUCUCUUUGAACUCGGGUGGCGGCGAGGGCGGAUCAGCGGAGACGGUCAUGGAUGACACGGCAGCAUCUAUCCAGGAUCGUUUGCCCACGCCCUUCCCGCUGGACGUGUGUGAGACAAAGUUUCCCACCAGGUAUGAGGAGUCCAUGAACACUGUGGUGAAGCAGGAAUGCCUCAGAUACAACAAGCUGCUGUGGUCGAUGAUCAGCUCCCUCAAGGAUUUCAGGAAGGCCAUCAAAGGUCUCAUCGUGAUGACUGCGGAGCUAGAGGCUGCGGGCAAGUCCCUCUUUGUCAACGAGGUACCGGAGAUGUGGACCAAGAAAGGCCCGCUUUCGCUGAAGCCGCUGAGCAGUUGGUAUCUGGACAUCCUGGAGAGGGUGAGGUUCUUCCAGAUGUGGUUCGACCUGGGCCACGCGCCGCCGUGCUUUUGGGUGAGUGGCAUUUUCUUCCCGCAGGCCUUCUUCACCGGCGCCAUGCAGAACUUCGCCCGGAAGUACGGGGAGGAGAUCGACCUGCUCUCCUUCAGCCAGCACACCAUGGACCACAUCAGCGAUGCCCCGGUACAGCUGACGACUCCUCCAGACGAUGGGGUCUAUGUCUAUGGCAUCUUUUUGGAGGGCGCCCGCUUCGAUUGCAGCACUCAUCAACUGGAGGACUCCAGGCCGAAGGAGCUCUUCACGGACAUGCCGCCCCUGCAGUUCCUGCCGGUGAGGAACCGGGUGCCGGACGUCAUGGACUACCGGUGCCCUUGCUACAAGGUGGUGAGUCGGAAGGGCACGCUGCUCACCACGGGCCACUCCACCAACUUUGUGCUCUACAUCGAGGUGAAGACGGACAAGGUGGUGGACAAGUGGAUCAAAGCCGGGGUCGCAGCUUUCCUGGCCUUGAAGUACUGAGCAAACCGCCGGCGCUGGUGGGUCUCAGUGCAGUCUUUGGAGAACUGAAGGAAAGUCCUCCAGGCUGGGCCCUUUGUGUUUCUAGAUUCCACCA